GGUGUGGAUGACUACAGCUCAGAGUCUGAUGUCCUUAUUAUACCUUCAGCCUUGGAUUUUGUUUCUCAAGACGAGAUGCUAACACCGUUGGGCCGACUGGAUAAGUACAUUGCUAGUGAGAACACGUUUAACAGCUCCAGAUAACUUUGCAUGCCAGUGAUUUAUAAUGGAUAGGAAGAGCUAGCUGGAUAUAUAGAAGUUUACCAAGACUAUGCAUUGCUUGUGACGGCAAACUAGGCCAGCGGUGCACCAGGUCUGCUUGUGUUUACCUACCCUCCUAUUUGAAGGAAUUAAGAUGGAGCUGUGUCAGGCGAAUGCCGUGUGAAACAAUGAUAGCUUUACUGUCAACAAAGGAACAAAGAUUGAGGUCAGAGAUGAAUCUACAUCUGUAGAGGUGUCCUGGAGAGUAGUGAAUCAAAGACAAAUGGUAGCGCGAGGGUUGCUCGAUACACUGCGGGCAGUCAGCGAUGAUGAAAAAGACUGCCUCGCAGUGUUGGAGAGAAUAAGUAAACUAGCUGAAGAUCCAGAACCAACAGUUCGUGCAGAAUUGAUGGAACAGGUGCCUCAUAUUGCAAUAUUCUGCCAAGAGAAUAGGCCUUCUAUUCCUUAUGCUUUCUCCAAAUACUUGUUGCCCUUUAUGGUUAGAUGCCUUGCAGACCCCAACAACCAGGUGAGGAAGACAAGCCAGGCAGCAUUGCUGGUGGUGUUAGAACAAGAGAUAAUAGAAAGAUAUGACGUGGAGACUAAAGUAUGUCCUGUUCUACUGGAUCUAACUGCUCCUGAAAGCAAUGAUGAUUUGAAAACCGAAGCUGUCGCAAUAAUGUGUAAAAUGGCUCCCAUGGUGGGGAAGGCUAUCACAGAAAAAUAUAUACUGCACCGGUUCUGUGAGAUGUGCUGUGAUUGCCGGAUGUUCCACGUUCGCAAGGUGUGUGCUGCCAAUAUUGGCGAUAUAUCCAGUGUCGUUGGUCGUGAGGCAACCGAAGGAUUGUUGUUACCCAGGUUCUUCCAGCUCUGCUCUGAUAAUGUAUGGGGUGUGCGGAAAGCCUGUGCCGAAUGCUUUAUGGGCAUUUCUUGUGCAACCUCUCAGGAAGUUCGGAGAACAAAACUUUCUUCACUCUUCAUUAAUCUGAUCAGCGACCCUUCACGAUGGGUUCGUCAAGCUGCCUUUCAGUCAUUGGGGCCUUUUAUCUCAACCUUUGCUAGCUCUUCUGGUGCUGGCCAUUACUUCAAAGAGGAAGAUGUGCUUUCUUCCAAGAAUGUAUUGGAGAGCCAAGGGACAGAAAACAAUAACAGUGCAAAACGUGCAGCAGAACCAGCAAAAGUUGCAGAUGGAGCUAUGGAUCUUGUAGAAAUGGAACGGCAAACUUCAGGCUCUAACUGUUGUACUGUGGAAUCAGUAAAUGCAGCUGUUGAACUCGCCCAAAAAGAUGAACUAAACAGUGAUGGUGAAUGUAGAAGUGAUGCCAUUCAGGUUCAGGCUACAUCUUUACAACCGCAUUCUGAUUGCUAUGUAUGUACUAAAUCUGGAUCAUCUGAAGCAAACAGAGUUCUCAGCGAAAGUCAGUUGCCAAACUCAGACAGCACAAAUUCAACCUUGUCUUCACAAAAAUCUGGGUCCAGUUCAGAAAAGACUGCCAUUCCAGAGGACAUGUACAACUCAUUCCAUUAUUGGAGGACUCCUAUCCCUACAAUUGACCUUGAUUGGGAACUGGAGCCGCCACAAUGUUCAGAUAAGCAGAAAAGCAAAGAUUCAACCCAGGAAGAGGUGCUAUCAGACUGUCCAAGCUUUAGCACAGCUACUAGAAAAGAACUGGAAGAAAUGCUGGAAAACUUGGAGCCGCACAUAGAUGACCCGGAUGUGAAAGCACAAGUGGAUGUUCUAACUGCUGCCCUCAGAGCUUCCACUCUUGAUUUUGAGGAAGAAACAUCUGUGGAACCAUUGUGUAACCAAACCGAGUCGCAAGCAGAAACUAUGAAAGUUGACCCUAUAAAUGUUGACCAAGACCAUGUGCCUUUAACUGCUGAAAUAUCAGCCACUGUUGAGGAAGACUGUGUAAGUGAUGCAGUGUAUAGCACCAAACAAACACAGGAGGCAUCUCCCUUUUCAACAGUGGUACCAGAUGAUCGGGUGUUCACUUAUUUUGAGACGAACCUAGAAGGCAGGCUUCAGUUUAUCCAAGAUAACUCUUGUCGGAGGCAAAGCAGUUUUGAAGACGAUAAAAAAUCUAAAAUUCAGGACGUUGUUCCUCAAGCAUUGCUGGAUCAAUAUCUUUCAAUGACUGAUCCUUCACGUGCCCAGACUGUUGAUACAGAGAUAGCAAAGCACUGCGCUUACAGUCUCCCAGGUGUGGCAUUCACUUUGGGCAGGCAAAACUGGCACUGUCUGAAAAAUACGUAUGAGAUACUGGCCUCAGAUAUGCAGUGGAAGGUUCGAAGGACUCUUGCAUUUUCCAUUCAUGAGCUGGCAGUCAUUCUUGGAGACCAGCUGACUGCAGCAGAUCUAGUUCCUGUUUUUAAUGGUUUUUUGAAGGAUCUUGAUGAAGUACGGAUAGGAGUCCUGAAGCACUUGUAUGACUUCUUGAAGUUGCUCCAAGCAGAAAAGAGAAGGGAGUACCUUUCUCAGCUCCAAGAAUUUAUGGUAACAGAUAACAGCAGGAAUUGGCGCUUCAGAGCUGAGCUUUCUGAGCAGCUGAUUUUGCUGCUGGAACUGUACAAUCCCAAAGACGUAUAUGACUACCUACGGCCCAUAUCACUCAGCCUCUGUGCCGAUAAGGUUUCUUCGGUCCGAUGGAUUGCUUACCGAUUGGUUGGUGAGAUGAUUAGAAAAUUCUAUGCUACUUCAACUCCUGCAUUAGCAGUGGACCUUAUUCAUGAACUUGUGGAUAAGUUCUGCCAUUGUGUGAAAUGGUCAGGUCGUCAAGCCUUUGUCUUUGUCUGCCAGGCUGUAAUUGAAGAUGAUUAUAUCCCUAUAGAACAGUUUACUGAGCACUUGAUGCCACAUUUACUACAGUUAGCAUCCGAUCCUGUUCCAAACGUCAGAGUGUUACUGGCAAAAACUUUGAGACAAACCCUAUUGGAAAAAGAAUACUUUGUGAACUCAGGCAGUUCUCACCAGGAAGCCAUAGAGCAAAUCGCUGUGGCACUGCAGGCUGAUCGAGACCGGGAUGUCCGAUAUUUUGCCAGCAUAUACCCCAGCAGCACAAAACUUGGUGAUGAUGCCAUGAGUACUGCUUCUUCCACUUAUUAAAAUGGGUGAAUGUUUUUUGCACCAUUGGACUGAUCAAACUGAGUCACUGAUGAGUGCUUUAAAUAUGUGUAUCAGCUGGAAUGUACUGGGUGAGUGCUCCAGAAUACGGCGAGAUAUCUGCUCUCUACACUGAAUGAUGGGGUUUUAUGUUUUGUGGUGACCUGCCUAGUGGCCCUUGAUUACAUUGAGAUUCACUUAGACUAUUACUAGUCGUGUGGCCGUGACUCUUGUUUUUCAUAUUUUGACCACUGAAAAUUCUCAGAGGAUUUUACCACCGAAGCCUUAAUCUCCUGUAUUCUUAAAGUAACAAACUUGAACACCUGGAGCCGCCUUAAUGGAGGAGGGAUUAUCCAUUUCAAACCUAAUCAUUCCUUCCAGAAAAAAGUUAUACGAAUGUUACUGACAAUUCUUGUCUAUAAGCAUCUGCAAAGAAUAAGAAUGUCAAGUUAAUGUGUAUUUCUUAAUACUGUACAAGAAGUUUCAUGUACUGAUUCUGAAAAGUUAUUUUCAACUGUGCUAGAUAUGUAAAGGUUUUUUUUUACCUAAAUGGAUUAGUUAUACCUCAUUUAGUUUGAACAUGGACAGUGGCGUUGCUUUGUGCCCUUGAAAUUUGCCCAUUCAUAUUACAGCAAAUUUCAACCUUACGGACAUGAAAUGGCUGCCACUGUUGUGCUUCGACUCCCCUCUUUAACCAACUCAUUCAUCCUUUUCUAGGGGAUUUUGUUCUAACUACCUUGCAUAUUGCACAGCAAUUGACCGAAAUGUAGAAGAAACAAGACAAAAAAUACAUACAUUCAUACAAGAUACUCUCUUUUGAGUACAUUUUUUUUCACAAAUCCCUCAUUACUGCAGAGAAGUAAUAAUCUGCCGUGCAAGGGGUAGUGGUAGCUGUUAGUAUAGAUGUGCGAACCCUGCCAAAUUAAUCUAGAAUUUAUACCUCAGACUGAGAUGGAUCUGACUAAAUUCAGAUGAAUGGAAUUUUGUACUAUUUGUUGUGCAAAUCAGGUGUUACAUCUAUCUAAAUUUACAUGCCUGACUCCCCUUAUAAAUCACGAGGCACCUUUUAUUUCUCAUUCACUCUACAUAUAAACAAGAUUAUCCACCAUCUUGAUUAGGAAGGAGAGACACAGAAGGAAAAUCACCAUGGAACAAUGUCCCUCAAAGAUCUUUGCCCUAAAGGGUCAUUUUGAUCACUUGACUAUCCAUCAUUUAUAAAACCCCAUUCUUCUGAGUUAACAAUCCCACCAUCUUGUUCAAACUGAUGGUCUUUGUGCCUUAGUGGCAGCCUAUGAGGUCUGCCUCAGUUGAUUUGAUUCUUUGGUCCAUGGUCAAUGUCAGCUCAGUUUCAAAACCUGCAAUGAAUGGCUUCCAGUAACUAGCAUCCAUAGCACCUGUCUUCCAUUAUUGCAAGUCUUCAAAGUUUCAGGUCUGUUCUAAAUUUAACUUAAUGAAAAUACCAUAUUCAUUGAAAGGUUUUCCUGGCUACAAGAUGUGAAUGAGAUGAAAGAUUCUCAUCAGUCCAGGAUAUGAGACCAUUGGUUAAACAAGUUUCUGAAGAAUGAUUUUUGGCAAAUGAGGCAGUGGGUUUUAUUAUAAUGUGCUCCUUGAAAUGGGAGUUGAAUUCAACUUAUGGAGUGGCCACUUCAUGAGCUAUCACGUAAUGGGUUCUCUGAUGUCUACCUUAAAAAUUGCCAUGGUUUUUUUUUUUUGCACCCCCCCCCCGCCCCCCCAACCCCCCGGCCAACUGGCAUUACAGUUCUGACCUCAGUGUAUUGUGAUAAGUGGUUGUGAUUUGACAUUGCUGUGUUCCAGAUCAGCCGAUAGUCGUAAGUCUUCAGAGUCCAAUCUCCAGUUCUGGCACUAGUGUUUUUGUGUUUGGAGGUUGAAUAUAAAGACAAAUGAUGGAUUAGCUAUGGUCUUCCUUAUUCUUUGAAAGAUGUUCAACUUCCACGUAUAAAUGUUCUUUCCAUCAGGCCUACCCACACUCUUCUUGAUCCUCAUGUUGAUUAACCUGCUUAUUGUUUUGUUUCUGCUUUCUGGGUCUUGCCAUGUUUUAGUUUGAAUUCUCAUUGGAGAAACAGAUCUCAUUCCAGGCAAUAGUUCUCUAUCUGUGACACAGUAGGGAGUGUUCACCUGAUUAGCUCCAUGCCAUCUUAUUUAAACCCACUGACUCCUUUCCCCACCUCCAUCAUCACCCCCACCUUCCCCCACCCCACUUCUCCCCCAGCAACCUCUCACCACCAAGAAUAAAAUGAGAUGAUCCAUUCCAUAUGUGGAUUUUGGACGCUUCAGAAAAUUAGGUGUUGCCUAUAGCAGAUAAUUUAAUCUGACAUGCUGCAAAGUGUGAUAAAUGGUCAGAUUUCUGUGUGAGUUUAAAUGUGUGCAGUGGGAACUCUCUUAAGGGCUCGGGCUCAGCACUAACACUACAAAGUAGUUAAAUGAUUUUAAAGUACAGCAUAUUUCUGUGUUAUGCAGAAUUCUGCGUUGUACUUAUGUCUAUUUCAUGCUGGUCAUGUCCUGCGGAGUAUGUUUGAAUUGGAUUAGCACACAAGCUUUAAGUCUGAAAAUUCAGGUAUUUUAACUUUUUAUCAUGAUCGGCUGAAUGCUGCACCUUUUUUUAUAUGUACAUAUCUGUGAGCACUCUUGAGUGCCUGUUGUUGAUCAUGUCAUAAAAAGCUGUUGUAAUACAAGUUGUUCUGUACUUGUCCAAAUAAAAAUAAAUAUGCAACUAUA